AUGGACCCUCCAGCUGAAUUCUGUCAAACUGAAUCUAGGAUGGAACUAUGCCAAUAUUUCUUCUGCAGUAGACAGCUUGGGAAGGCUUCUGGAGGGUUUAGAAGAAGGAAGGCGACCUCCUAUCAGGACCGUCGGACGCCAGGUGGGAAUUCAAGGCCAAAGCAAGGAGAGGGUCAAGUUCAGGCCGCGGGUCCGGGUCCUUCCUCCCACGUGGAGGCCAAAAAGCGGGGAACCAAGCCUACUCUGGAACCAGGAAGGGGGUCCCGGGGCAAGACAAUCCAGAGAAAAUGGGGAAUCCUGGGAGAAAAGGCUACUCACUGUCUGACUUGGCUGACCCAGCUCUGGAGGGAUCCUCAAACAGACCUCAGUGACAUUCAGUGGUUCCUGAGAACCGGCUCUGAGAAGCCGCUGUGCCAAUCUUCCCGACGCAGGCCGCUCAAUCCAGCGCCGAGUGGCGCUCCCGCGGCUCUCUUGGGAGAUUCCGACGCCGCAUUCGCCAUUUUUAGCUUGGGCUUGCUUUCUGGGCGGGGGGGUGGGAAUGUUUCCAGUUCCUUACCAGAAGUUCUAUGUCUCUCUACCUGCCCUUAUCCAAGAUGGUCAUCGUUGAUGGCCCCAGGGAGUGACAAAUCAAUCGCCGCACUCCUCGCUCGCGGUUGCCGAGGUGACGCGUUUACCCGGAAGGGCCGCAAGCCGAAGCCGGCUACAGCAGCCGAGGCCACGAGGUCCAGUGGCUGCGAGUCCAGGCGUCGCAGGUCCUGUCAGCUGAGAGACAGGCAGGCAGGCAAGCAGGUCCUGGCAGGGGAGUCCGGGCGGCAGGUUGGGAUGGAGUCUCCAGCAUCGGGAACUGAUCCUGGAGCUGUCGGACAGCUCGGAGUUGGGGAGCCGGGGUCAGCCUCUCGGGGACCCUUGGCCAGGUGGAAACUGCUCCGGCAGGUUCUGAAGCAGAAACACUUGGAUGAUCACCUAAGACAAGUAUCUGUAAGAAGAUUCCAAUCAUUUAAUCUGUUUUCAGUAACAGAAAUAAAAAAGGGGGAAACAGAAGAUGAAGCUGGUUCCUGGGUUCAGUAUUCAAGUGUGUUUUAUCCUGAAUACAGUAUCUCUUUAAGGCAUAACCAAGGAUAUUUAAAUGUUGAAGAUAUUUUUACCAGCUUUGACAAUACAGGGAAUAUCUGUAUCUGGCCUUCUGAAGAGGUUCUGGCCUACUAUUGCCUCAAGCACAAUCAGAUGUUCAGGGACCUUGCUGUGUGUGAGCUAGGGGGUGGCAUGACAUGCUUGGCUGGGCUCAUGGUUGCUAUUUCUGCAGAUGUCAAAGAAGUUCUGUUAACUGAUGGGAAUGAAAAGGCCAUCAAAAAUGUGAAUGAUAUCAUCGCAAGAAACCAGAAGGAAGGUGUGUUUAAAACUCAAGCAAUAUCAAGCUGCGUUUUACGAUGGGAUAAUGAGACAGAUGUCUCUCAACUGGAAGGACAUUUUGACAUUGUUAUGUGUGCUGACUGCCUGUUUCUGGACCAGUACAGAGCUAGCCUUGUUGAUGCAAUAAAGAGAUUACUCCAGCCCAGUGGGAAAGCGAUGGUAUUUGCCCCACUCCGAGGGACUACUUUAAACCAGUUUUGCAAUCUAGCUGAAAAAGCUGGUUUCUCUCUCCAAAGACAUGAAAAUUAUGAUGAACACAUUUCAAACUUCCACUCCAAGUUGAAAGAUGAAGAAUGGGAUACAUAUGAAGAAAACCUUCAUUAUCCACUUCUACUAGUUCUAAGCAAACAUGGAUAA